UUCCUGAUUAGAGUAACGUCAACGUGCGUAGUUGAUUAUUUUUUAUUUCAUCACAUCCCAAUUUGUUUUGUUAGUUUUAAGUAAAUAAAAUAAUGUUAAUUCCUUCUCGUUUUAUGUCCCAUAGUGGACGACUUUUUACGUCUAUCCACAAAUAUAAUGUAAACUCCUAUAAAUCGUUGUUAUUUUCUACCAAAGCCAAAACGGUCGAAGGUCAAAUAACGAUAGGUGAUGUAACCAAAGAUAUUCAAACUCCCGCAAAUCCCGAACUAGUUCCCAUCAAAUAUGUGCAAUAUAACAAAGAUGGAUCCAUACAGUUGACCCAAUCUGCUCUGCAUCACUUACGUUGGAUGCUCCAGAAGGAUUCCCUUAAGCAAGAUAUGUUUCUGCUUGGCUAUCCUGGACCACUGCGUCGAAACAUAGCCAUGCAAUUCUCUGAAUUAACUCAAAGAGAAAUGGAAUACAUUGCUCUGAGUCGAGACACAACCGAAAGUGAUCUCAAGCAAAGGCGGGAGAUUAAAAACAAAGGUGCUGUAUACUUUGAUCAGUGUGCUGUCCGUGCAGCCUUAAAUGGACGUCUUCUAAUUCUCGAUGGAGUCGAACAUACCGAAAGGAAUGUUCUUCCGAUUUUGAAUAACUUGCUUGAGAAUCGAGAAAUGCAUUUGGAGAAUGGAAAAUUCCUAAUGGCACCUGAAAGAUACGACACGUUACUCAAAACAUACAGCGAGGAGCAGUUAAAGGAAUGGGGUUUGUUGAGAGUCUCGGAGAACUUUAGAGUUGUUGCACUGGGUCUUCCAACUCAAAAAUACAAAGGAACACCUUUAGAUCCACCUUUGCGUUCAAGAUUUCAAUCUAGAAACGUGACGCACUUUACAUUUGAGGAAAUUCUAUCAGACCUCCAAAAACAGGCCCCAAAAGUCGGUGAAGAUAAACUCAAAUCCUUGAUAUCUUUUGGUCUGGCAGUGCAUUCAGCUGAUUCAUCAGUGAAUCUACCCGAUUUUCCUCUGGACAAUCUUAACUUGGUGGCUAAAAUGAUGAAUAGCAAUCCUUCGUUGAGUGUACACGAGUGUAUUUGCGCCCUCUAUCCAUAUCAAACAACACUAAAGAAGGAAACCAACGACCGGGUUAUGAAUCUUCUUGAUUCAUUUAAAAUUUCCAAUAAACAAAAUCAAAAUGUCAAGGAAAUAAAAGUGACUAAAAGUUCAGGUGAUAGCGUCCAUCUGAGUAUUGAUGGUGUGAGUCUUUCCGUGCCAGGAGGCCACAAGCCUCAUGAAUUCAAGGGUUUUGUUGAUUUGGAUCAUCAACGAGGUAUUCUUUCGUCAUUGAUACAAAAGUAUGCUGUGGGUGAUGUUUGUUUGAUUGGACAAAAAGGCGUUGGCAAGGCUACUCUGACGAAUCAACUUCUGCACCUACUUAAUCAGUCUGUAGAACCGAUGGUACUCUAUGAGGAUAUGACCUCAAGAGACUUGGUUCAACAGAGAAUCACGACAGCUGAGGGAGAUACUGUUUGGCGUGAUUCUCCACUAGUUAGAGCUGCUAAAACCGGCUCCGUUGCAAUAUUAAAUGGUGUCCAAAGAUUGCACAAGAGCACUGCAUCCGUGUUGCAAAGACUCAUUCAUGAUCGUGAAUUACAACUUUGCGAUGGAACUACAAUGUUGCGAAGUGACCGCUAUGAGGCACUUCUCGCCCAAGGUCUAACCCCAGCCGAUCUAACGAACAAAAAUAUUCUUAAAAUUCACGAUUCAUUCCGAUUGAUAGCUUUAGCUGAACCACCAAACCUCAACUCUAGCGGCCAAAAUUGGCUGACUCCAGAGAUGCUCAGUUUAUUCCUGUUUCAAGAAGUUCGUCCACUCCAUCAGAGUGAGGAAUACGAGAUCAUUAGUAAAUUGUAUGGCAACAUCGAUGAAAACAUUCACAAAAUCAUCAAACUCUCGCAUAUUCUUCGUGAAGCCUCCGACCCAGUUUUAAAAGAUCUAGCUGGAACGCUAUCGACGAGACAGCUCCUUAAGAUUGCUCGUCGAAUGUCCAUCUAUCCCACAGAUGAUCAUGUAAAAAAUCCACUGAAUUCGAUAUACGAUAUAAUUCAGAAUACAUUCCUGGCGAAAUUUUUGCCGGCUCUUCCGCGGUCUGCAUUGGAGAAUGCCAUCCGGGAAGCAGGUAUCAAGAAGCCCAAGCGCACUUCCUCGGGGCAGAAACGAUCCAUAAGCGUAGAUGGAGAUGUCUUGCGAAUUGGGAAAACCGAAAUGAAAUUAAUCGCCACUGAGGACGAAAGUAAGAUCCCCAGUACUCUGUUCUACGAUGUCCCACAGCAUAUUGAGUUGCUCGAGAGACUGCUUCAGGACUUUCUGAUAGGGGAUCAUCUUCUGUUGGUUGGUAAUCAGGGUGUAGGAAAGAACAAGCUCAUUGACAAGCUCCUGCAACUCAUGAACAAGCCACGAGAGUAUCUGCAGUUGCACAGGGACACCACAGUGCACAGUUUGACUGUCCAGUCGACCCUGCGCGACGGACAAGUCGUUUACGAAGAUAGUCCUCUCGUUAAGGCCGUUAAAAAUGGCAACAUUCUGGUCAUUGAUGAGGCCGAUAAGGCUCCAGUGAAUGUAACUUGUAUCCUCCGAACUCUUGUGGAGAAUGGUGAGAUGAUUUUGUCUGAUGGAAGGAAGAUAGUGCCUGCUGGGAGAGGAUCAAAUGAGUACGGAAUCAUAGAAUCCCAUCCCAACUUCAGAGUGAUUGUUCUGGCUAAUAGACCUGGUUUUCCCUUCCUGGGCAAUGACUUCUUCGCAUCUCUUGGAGAUGUGUUUAGCUGCCAUGCUGUGGAUAAUCCUUCUCCGGAGUCUGAGAUAUUCCUGCUUCAACAGUAUGGCCCCUCUGUGUCGAAAAAGACUCUUUCAACUCUUGUGAACGCUUUUGGUGAAUUAAGGAACAUGGCUGAUGAGGGUCUGCUGAACUACCCCUAUUCCACUCGAGAAGUGGUGAAUAUUGUCAAGCAUUUAGAGAGGUUUCCCAAUGAAUCUAUGUCGGAGUUAAUUGGAAAUGUUCUCGAUUUUGAUCGAUACUCGCCAGAAGCUUUGGAACAAGUUACCACCGUUCUGGCCAAACAUGGUCUGCAAAUUGAAUCCUACGCCAAGAAUGAACUGUUUGCUUUGCGAAAGAAGAAAGAACUCCAAUUGACAGUGAAUCGCACGAGUGGCUUGGGUGUGUCUGGUCCUAAAUAUGGAAAAGUCGAUCCUAAGAAUGAGCCUCAUGUUGGUGGAAACACGUGGGCUGGUGGUUCUGGAGGACGUGACACAGCUGGAUUGGGUGGAAAAGGUGGACCUUUUCGUCUAGAUGCCGGACACAAAGUUCAUCAGUUAUCGGACGAGGAAAAGGAUUCUGUUCCGGAGGAAGUUAAACGAGCUGCCAGAGAGAUGAAUCGCAAAGCCUUCGAACAAAAGUUGAAAGACAUAAAAAUGUCCGAACACGACUACAAUAUGUAUGCUCAGUUUAGUGCUCCGAUUCGGAAACAGGUGCAGCAAUUAAAGGCAAUCAUGGAUGCCCUACAAACGAAGAGCAAAGAGCGACAAUGGCAGAAGUAUCAAACACAUGGCGAAUUAGACGAUACGCGACUGAUUGAGGGCAUAACUGGGGAGAAGAAUAUCUACAGAAGACGGGCAGAGGCAAAUCCAUGGGCCGACCAUGUUCAAGAGAAACCAAAUCGAUUGAAGUUAGUUGUAGACGUGUCUGGAUCCAUGUACAGAUUCAAUGGCUACGAUCAGCGGCUGGACCGAGAGUUAGAAGCUGUUGUCAUGGUAAUGGAAGCCUUCGAAGGUUACGAAAAGAAAAUCUUCUACGAUAUUAUAGGCCACAGCGGCGAAGGAUGGGAUGUGCCAUUUGUUGUGGCGGGUAAACCCCCAGCAACAGACAAAGAGCGGCUACAAACGCUUCAAAUGAUGCAUGCUCAUUCACAGUUCUGUUGGUCUGGUGAUAAUACUGUUAAAGCAACAAAAGAAGCCGUCGAAUCGCUGGCCGAGGAAGAUUAUGAUAAUUCAAUAGUUAUUGUUUUGAGCGAUGCCAAUCUCUCACGGUACGGUAUACAUCCCAAGGAGUUGGCUAAUGCUUUGAAGAAGGGCGAUCCAAAGGUUCGAGGACAUGUGAUAUUUAUUGGCAGUUUAGAAGAGGAAGCUGAUUUUAUAAAUGCGCAAAUGCCAGCAGGACAUAGUUAUGUUUGUAUGGACUUAUCGACCUUACCGCAGAUCCUUAAGCAGAUAUUUACCUCAUCAUUAAUGUAAACAAAGUGUAGCUAGAAUUGAAUUUUAGCAAAAUUUUAAACUCUAUUGUUAAGUUUUAUUUUUUUAUAUAAAAUUGUAUAAAAUUUCAAACA